AAUCUCGAUUCUGCGUCCGUUUGUACACACUGGCCUUUAAGCUUGAUUGGCAGUACAUGUCGGGUCGAGUGUAUGCACAUAUGUGGGCACCAAAUCUGAAGAACAAGUCGAAAUAGUUGUUAAUUACUCACUGUCCCUGCUAUCCGUCCAUCCAAUCGAUACGAAUCAUUGACUGACGUGUCUUCGUUGGACCUCGGGGCUGAUGAGUUGGGAGUGAAAGAGCGCAAGAGCCAUGAACAUCAUUGGCCGCUACGACAACUGGCUCUUGAACAUCAUCGAUCUCAUCUGCUAUGGAUUGACCUAUCCGUUUCUCUACUUCUUUAGCGGCUUCUUCUCCACCGUGUAUGAUGUGCCGCAUUUGCGCCAACAGUCACUCAUUCACCGAUUGACCCGUUUCCUCUGGGGCCUCUUUUUCUGCUCAUGGCUGCUCGUCACUUUGCCCCUCUAUAUCACGGGUCAGGUCUAUUGGACCCUAUUGUAUUCAUGUUUCGCGGCUCGGGAUUUCAUCCGGGUCGAUUUCAAAGCCAAGGAGGCGGCGGAUCAGGGUCCCCAGGAUGAUGAAUCUUUCGGGUUCCUUUCGGCCAACCUUUUGUUAGGGUUUGAUGCCUUGGGCACAUUUCAGAACAUGAAGCACGUGGGUGAGAGGCAUUCGGAAUUCCGCCGACGAUUUGCUCAACUUGGAUCGCAGAAGCCUUGGCAGAACUUGGCGGCCUUGAGUUCGUCGGGAUCGAAGGCGGACUCGAUUGCGUCAGAAUUCAUGCGGGUCGAUUUCAUUAUGUUCCAAGAGGUGUGGGACCGUUUUUAUGCCGGUUCCAUGGUUCAAGUCCUGAAGGACCAAGGGUUUCAGUGCUUCAUCAUGGACAUCAGUCGACAGAGUUGGUCGGGCAAUUAUUGCACCGGGAGUAGUGGACUAAUGUUGGCAUCCCGGUAUCCGAUACUGGAGGCCAAAUUCAUACCCUACAGGAACAAGAGAUCCUGGCAAAAAUUCAUUUCAUACGGUGCUCUCUUGGCUAAAGUCGAUCUUGGCCGGAAGACACUCAAUGGUCGGCGAGAAGUGGGCUACCUCGGGGAUCUUCAUACCAUGGCCUACCAAGAGAAAGAGAACCAGAUUGAGCAGGCCCUUACUCUGACGCAAGAUGAGUUCCGAAAGUUUCGAGAAAAGCACACGACCGAGAAUGAGGAGGUUGUAUUCGCCACGUUAGGCGGGGAUUUUAACUUUGAUAAUAUGUCUCCGGGCGACGCGCCAACUCAAAAGCAUCCACUUUUCCGAGAAUAUUUGGACGUGGGUGCCCAGGCCCCGGGAGUUGAUCGUGAUUGGACAAUUGGAACUGAGUGGCGCCAAUUGAGAAUACAUGAUGAGGAGGUAUCGACUCCCGAGGAUUUCAGAUCGAUCUUGGUGGACGAUGUCCUGAGGAGGUACUAUAUUUUAGACGCCGAUGUUGAGGUUCAAACUACGGAGCUAAUGGUUUGCGAUCCCAGACCAGACUCCGAAGGACAGAUCAAGGCUGAAGUCUUUGGAGGGAAACGCCGGAUUGAUAGGAUCUUGUACGAUCCCAAGUGCCCGACCCAACCCACGGGAUUCGGCUUUUACACGACGCUUACCGGCAUCACGGACCACGUGCCCGUGAGCCUGACUUUAUCAAGAACGUGAAAUGGUUUUCAAUAUUUUACUCAACAGGAGGUUUAUUCGCCGAAAUGAAUGGUCGACUUCACCAAAGAA